UUUUAAUCUUGUAAAACAGAGAAUCGUUAUUAAUUUAUUUCAAAUUUUGACUUGAAUUAAUUUAUAUUAUGUUCACUAAAUCAAAAUCUGACACACUUAAAGAAAUUUCUAGCCUCGAAAGACUUGUGUCAGCGGAAAAUAGACCAAAUUUAAUUUUGAACAGCCCAUAUAAUGCUCUCGAAGAAAAUACCUCACCGCUGGAUUCAUCUUCCAAAACCUACGAAGAGUGCUUAAAAUCAAACGAUAAUUAUAUUGACAACGAUAUUUUCGGUAACAGUUCAUCCAGAACAUACGUAAAGUUACCACAGAUUCCAGAAUUUUUAAAAAUUAAAUUACCCUAUGAUGAUCCCAACAAUACAUCCUGGAUAAUUCAAAGCCUUAAAUCAAUCAGUAAGACCAGUGCUCAAGAAAAUAGAUCCAUAGAAGUACUCCACGAAAUUGAAAACAUAUUGACUACUCAGUUUUACUACUGUCUUAAUCAGAACCAUAUAUUGAAGAGGGAAUUAGCAUGUGCAAGAGCUGUGGUAAAAAAGGAAAUUUUCUGCAACUCAGUGAAUUUUGCAGAGCUUUACAAGAAGGCAGUUGAUGGCAAAUGGAAAGGUAGAGAAGAAUUAAUUCUCCAUUUGAAGGAGAAGAUUCAUGGAUUAACCCACUUAGUUGAGAAAAGAGAGAAGGAUUUGGAUAUACAAUGGCCAAAAGGCAAAAGAAUCUCCUUUUUGGAGUUGACUGGAAACCCAAUGGAAACUUUACAUACCGAAUCAGUGAAUUCUUUUUCAUAUUUAGAAGAAGAGAAAGAAAAGCAAUUGAAAGUACAACAGCACUUGAGAGAGAAGCUUGGAUACUUCAGUAAAGCAAACAAAGAUUUGGCUGAGGAAGCAAAUCAUCUGAAAAAAGAAACAUCUGUGAGGACCUUAAGUUCAAGUGACGAUCUGUACAAAAAGCUGAGAGAUCUGGAAAUACAAAUCAAACAUUGUUUGGAUAGAAAGUCACAAGACAUCAAGUCUUUGACGAAGGAAGAGUCUUUGACUUACGAGCUGGUAAAGGAAAUAGCAAAUCUUAAAAAUCGAAUCCAGAAAGAGAAACAAGUAAUAGCGGAAUCUGAAGAGCGAUUAACCUCUCUGAAAUCAUUUGAUACAAAUAGCGUCAUGCAAAAAGGUAGAAAUAGCAUAAUCGAAAGCACAAAUCGUUCCAUUAAAACACUCGAAGACAUGGCCAGAGAAUACCACAAACAAUUAAACCAUUUACGCCUCUUUGUUAAUGAUGAUAACACAAUCAGUUUUAUUUCUUCCGAAAAUCACAAGGAAAUCGCGAGAUCUAGAUCUAAAAAUUUAUCUGGGGCUCAAAUUGAUAAUUCUAAGAACAUCAGUAAACGAAGUUACAAUCAAGUUUUGGUGCCAGUUAACGCCAAAAGGAAAGCUGAAAAAAUCUUGAGAUUUAGAUCACCUCUCACAAGUGAAAUGAUCUUUCCCGUUUUAACAGGUGGAACUUUGGAAUGUAAGCCAUCACUUCUGGAAGAAUUUUACAGGAUCAAAUCUUCCUGUGAGAGAAACGAAGAAAGAAAUCUUGACCGAUUGGCUAACAUGUAUGUACACCUUGAAAAGAUGCGUGAUACGAUGCAACAGCUUCUACAAGAGCAGUCCACGUUGUUUAAUGUCAUGUACAAGAACAGGCUUCUAGGUGGAAUAUACAAGCAACUAUGUAGUAAAAAUACUGGUCUAAAAUCUGAAACAUACAGGGAUGUGAAAUGCUUGGAGCACUCCAAACAUCUCGAUGGAGCUAAGAUACUGCUGGGUGCCUUAAGAGAUGAAAAAAAGUUUUUAAAUUAUUGCAUAGACCGAAUUUACCAUUGUAAGGAAGAUGAUCUCGACUUUCUUAUUUCAGGAAUGAGUGAAAUUGAGAAUUUAUUCCGUAACGGAUUAUGUGAUUAAUAGGAAAUUUAUGUUUAAAGGAAUCAACAAUAUCAAAUAAAAAUACAAUCAUG